AUGGCCGGAGGACGCAAAGCCAAACCGGCGGCCCCAAAGGGCCCAUCGACCACCCUCGUCCUCGACAACGGCGCCGCGACCAUCAAAGCCGGCCUCGUGCGCGAUGGAAAAAUCGACGAGCCUCGCAUCAUCCCUAACGUCAUCGCCCGCGACCGCGCGCGCAAAGUCUACGUCGCUUCCGAGCUUGAAAAGUGCCGCGAUUUCGGGGAGAUUCAGUUUCGGCGACCCAUGGAGAAGGGCUCUAUCGUCAAUUGGGAGGCGCAGAAGGAGAUUUGGGAUCGCGAGCUUUUUGAGAAUAAGGCGUACAAGUUUGAUCCGGCGGAGACUCGGUUGAUACUUGCUGAGGCGCCGAAUGGGUUGCCUAUUCUUCAGACGAAUUGCGACCAGAUCGUUUUUGAGGAAUACGGAUUUACGAGUUAUUAUCGUGGGCCGUCAUUUAAUGCCUACCACGAUAUUCAGAACGUCUUCCGAACGCCCCAAGAAAAUCCGACCGUUGCGAAUACACCCACCGAAGCCCUCAUGGUCAUAGAUUCCGGUUACUCGCAUACAACUAUCACACCCCUUCUCCGCGGCCAACCUCUACACUCUGCCAUCAAACGACUCGAUGUCGGCGGCAAGGUUCUCACCAACUACCUGACGCGAUUGAUCUCUCUCCGCCACUUUGAUAUGCGUAACGACACAUACAUCGUCAACGAGAUGAAGGAGCUUUCUUGCUACGUCGCAGCCGACUUCAAAACGGACAUAGAAAAGACGUGGAAGGGAACCAGAGGAGAACGAAGACCGGAUUAUCUGUCUGGAGGCGGCAUUGCGAAGGACUAUAUCCUGCCUGACUUCCACACCCGAUCCAACGGUACUCUGACCGAUUACGAACCCUCGCGACAUUCGAAAGCCAAGAAAUUGGCCAAUCAAUCCGAGGAGGAUGCCCUGACGCUACGUAACGAGAGAUUCGCCGUCCCUGAACUCUUGUUCAGUCCGUCAGAUGCUGGUAUCAGGCAACCCGGCCUGGCUGACCUAGUUCAGGAGUCUCUCAAUGAGCUUCCCAUUGGCCUCUGGCCCAGUAUGCUGGCAAACAUCAUCGUCGUGGGCGGUAACACGCACUUUGACAGUUUUAUUCAGCGACUGCAGAAGGAGGUCGUGCAGCGUGUCCCUGAUGAUUGUAUAGUAAGGGUUGCAAGACCCGCAGAUCCUGUCACUCAAACCUGGUACGGUGGUGCAAAUUUGGCGAAUCACCCGCAUAUCGAGAGAUUAGCCGUGACGAAGAAGGAGUAUGAGGAACACGGCUCUUCGUGGGUUGCUCGUAAGUUUGCUGCUGGCUUGGGGACGUGA